UCACCGCGGGGAGCACACAGAGGCCGCGGCCCUGCUUGGCCCCUGCCAGGGGACCCUGUUCUUGUUUCCGCGGCCGCCUUCUGUCCCGGCCGACGGGGGAAGAUCCAGCUUCUGAAUCGUCCCUCUUCCGCCUGGCGGGGUGGUGACCCCUGCCCGACCGCGCCUCCGAGGGCGGUCCCAGCCCACGCGCGGCUCCAAAAGCCGGCAGCCAGGGCGCGGCGGCGACGGCGAGGCGGGCGGUGGCCUGGCCCAGGGGCGCCGCGACUCCGCCCGGGGCGUGCUGGCGGGCAACCGGCCCUGCGCGCCCCGCCGCGCCUUCCUGCUGCUGAUCAGGGAGGCGGGGAGGCAGGCCUGGCGAGGCCGCUGCUCCAACGCCACGGACUCACCACGUCCCUGUGUCUAGACGCUGUAAAGCCAGAACUGGUUGGGGUGCAUUGGUCUGAGAAUGCAGAGCAGCGGUCUCCCCCAGCCCCCUGAGCUGCUCUGAUGAGUCUGGGUGUGGACAGGCAUCGGGCGGCCCUGAGAAGGCCCUUGGACACCGCGGCUGUCCCACUGAACUUCUCUCAUUCACAAGUCAUUAUGGAACAAACAAGAAUCUCACCGGGAAAUGUCAUGAUCUCUGCGUGGUCACGACAGGGAGCAGGGACCACCAGGUGUGCCCUGGCCAAGUCCGCGUGGCCCCUUGCUUACUCCCUUUGCGGCCAGAUGAGCAGGGCCCUCGGGUUCUGAGGGGCAGUGUGAAGGGCCGGUGGGGCUGUGCUUGCAGUGAGGUCUGGGUGAGAGCCAGUGUGUGGGGCGGCCGCCAGCGUUCUCAAAGGACGUGCGGGGGCACCUGGCAGGCUGGGAACAGGUGGAAGGGAAAUGCGUGCACUGGGGGCAAACAGUUGUCCCCACGUCGCUGUCUCUGCCCCUCCGGCCACAAGCUCGGGGAGGAAGGAGGAUGGGGCGAGGCUGGCGAGGGAGGAUGAGCUUGGCUGCUCAGCAGGGCAGGUGUGGCUUUCUCGCCGCUGGAUCAGGCUGGGCGGGAAGCAGCUGGGCGGGAAGCAGCUGGGCCUGCGCGGAGCUCUUCCUAAACCUGGGAGAUCUGCGCCCGGCUCUGUCCUGAAGAAAGGGAAGGAAAGGCAGCUGUUGCCUAAGCUCGGUGUCGCGUGAGGCCUUGUGGUCAGAGCUCCGUCUGGGUUAGGAAGCCUGGAUCUCGGAGCCUCCACUGUGGGGAACCUGGCCCGGGGCGAGCUCUGCGUUGCUGGGUCCGCUGAGCUGGAGCGCUCACGGGCUUGUUUUGCGACACCUUCAUCUCUGGGCCAAGCCGGGCCUGCCUCCCCCUCCCUCCUGCAUAAGCCCUUGUCCACCUGGGUGUCCCCCACAGGCACUGCGUGUCCGCUGAGUGGCCCCCAGUGUGCUCCUCAGCCUGGCCCAUCUGGGCAAACUACGCAUGCACGUGGCUGGGGGCGGGGGCCCUCUCCUGUGCUCUAGCUCUGGCCGCACCCAGUCUAGGUGCCCCCUCCCGCUCCCGCACGGUGGCCACCUCUCUUCUGCUGACAGCCCUCGGGCCUUCUCCUUGGAGGGUCAGUCCUGGGGCGGACUUGCUGUCCUGCAGGCUCCAGCCAGGUGUGGCCUCUGUCUGCCCCUGGGACCAUGCCUGCAGAGAGGCUGCUGGUCUGCGGCCCGGCCGUGCUGGCUGAGCCCCCGCUCCGUGCCUUCCCUCUGGCAUGACCGGGAGAAAACCUGGCCCUGACAGGACCACUGGGCCUUUUCCUCCCGCAGACCAGCCAGCCAUGCGCAGGACAGCAGGCAGUCGUGGUGUCUGUAGUGCCUCCUGGGCUGGUGCCGGCCUGUGUCUGCAGCUGUGGCCCAGCCUCGCACCUGUGGCCAACACGGUCAGCCAGCACUUCCUCCUCUCCACCGAGCAGAUCAGCUGGCUCUCACUGGCCUACCUGGUGGUGUCCAUCCCAUUCGGCGUGGUGGCCAUCUGGGUUCUGGACUCUGCUGGGCUCCGCUGGGUGACCGUCCUGUGUGCGCGGCUGAACUCUGCGGGGAGAGGGAUCCGCUCCCAGCCCUGCAUGAUCACUAGCCGCCAGAACCCAUUUGCUCUCCUCACGGGUGGGCAGAGCCUCUGUGCCCUCGCCCAGACCCUGGUCAUCUCUCCAGCCAAGCGGGGCCUGUGGUUUCCCGAGCACCAGAGAGCCACAGCCAACAUGAUCGGCACUGUGUCAAACCCCCUGGGCAUCCUGGUGGCCAGCCCGCUGUCUCCCACCCUGGUGAAGAAGGAGGAGGACAUCCCCUUGAUGCUGGGCGUCUACAUCACCCCUGCCGGACCCUGCUUGCGUCUGGGAGAGCACGCCCCCCGCCCCGCCCCGCCCUCCGCGGGGGCUGCAUCCAUCGCACAGAAGUUCCUAGCGGGGCUGGAGUGGCCUACAUCAUCUUGGCCCCUAGCCGCGUGCUUUGGGGGCAGCAUCGGCAUCUGCUCCAGCUUCUCGUCCCUCCUGGAGCAGAUUCUCUGCGUGAACGGACACUCCAGCACGGGUGCCGGCCUCUGCGGGGCUCUCUUCAUUGCGUUUGGGGUCUUGGGGGCGCGGCCUCUUGGCCUGUACGUGGACCGGACCAAGCAUUUCACUGGAGCUGUCAGGAUCGGCCUCUGCCUGACAUCUCUGGUCUGCAUGGCCUUUGCCCUGGUGAGAGUCCUCUGAGGGUCCCAGCUGGCCGCCACCUGCUCGCCGCUUGGGCUCUGCUUCUCAGCGGUGCCUGUCGCCGUGCAGCUGGCUGUCGAGCACUCCUUCCUUGUGGGUGAGGGGGCCACGGGCCUGGUCCUCGUGCUGGGGCAGCCCGAGGGUGUGCUCAGCAUGGCGCUGCUGGCCUCCUUGACCGUGCGCCGCGUGGAGCUAUCCUUCUCCACCUGCCGGGACGGCCAGGACCCGCUGGAGACAGGAGUGGGGUCGCCACCAGAGAGAUGGUUGCACGCCCUCGUCCCCAGACCCGGUGCGGUGACCUCGGGGCUCAUGACUGUGAACCCACCUUUGGGGCCCCUUGGGGCCGGGACAGGAUCUGUCCCCGGGGUCACUCUGAGGUCAUGGUUAGUGGGGUUCGGGGUCCCCUGCACCCGGGGGGGGCACUCUGGCACUUGGGGAGCCUCGGCAGAGCUGGGCCACGGCCCCCCGGAGUCCACGUUGCUGGUGGCCGGCCUGUGCGUCCUUUUCAGCUGCUUUGGGGUGCUCUUCCUGCACACCCCAUACCGGUGCCUGCAGGCCGAGGCCGACGCAGCCCCUCCGUCCAGGAAGAGGUGCGCCCGGCAAGCUCGGCGGCCACCCCCGAGGCCCCGCCACGGCCCCCCCACCCCCACGGGACCCAGCAGCCCCUCCUGGAGCCGGUGAUCCUGGCUCCGCCUCCCUCCCCCUGGGAGUCCUCUGAGACGUCGUGGGGCCCCUGCAGCGGACCAGAGGCCGGGGAGCAGCUGGUGUGAUGAGAAGCGGGCCUGGGGCCGUGAAGGGGCAGCCAGGAGAGGCAGGCCCUGGUCCCCUCGGCUACACCAGUCACGCCUGAGGCCAGGACGGUACCAGCAUCCGGGGGGCCCGGGGUCCUCGAACACAGGCAGGCCGGCCCAGGGGACUCCCUGUGGCUGUAGCAAGGAGAGCUGCCGCUGUGGAGGCAAGAGGCCGCUGACCAGGCGGGGCGCUCCAGCGGCCAGGCCAGACCCAGGGUGGCUGGGGCAGGGGCUGCGUAUGGGCAGGCGGGCCUGGCCCG